AAGCACACAGCUGACCCAAUCUAACCUGAUGGACAUAUUACAACGAUAAAACUGUUAAUUUUAGUGCUAUUUACUGGCGGUUGUCGUGUUUAUUGACACUGAACCUCUCAGUCUAAAAUGUAUCUCUUAUUUUACGCGGCUGAAACUUUGUUUGACACGGUAUUUAUUCGCAUAUAUCGCCUAUAAACCAGCUCGUGUUGUUGCUGGAAAGCUUUCGUAGCAAAUUCAAAAUGACUCUUCCAGCUUUGCACAACACCGGCGUGCUCUACAGACGGAUCCUGUCUCAGUUUCCUCAGGACAUCAGUUUAGCUUUUGCCUACGGAUCCGGCGUUUUCAAACAACACGGGACCAACCAAGGUCAAAUGGAGAAGAACAUGCUGGACUUUGUGUUUGCGGUGGACGACCCGGUGACGUGGCACACCAUGAAUCUGCUGCAGAAUCGCAAACACUACUCCAUCCUCAAGUUGCUGGGGCCCACGGUGAUCAGCUCAGUACAAAACGAACACGGGGCUUCCAUGUACUACAACACACUGGUGCCUGUGGAUGGGAGGAUAAUUAAAUACGGUGUGAUUAGUACAGAGUCUCUCAUAGACGACCUGAUGCACUGGAAGACCAUGUAUGCUGCUGGACGCCUUCACAAACCCGUGAAGAUGCUGGUGCAGAAUGAGAAUGGAAAGCUCCGUGCUGCUCUGGUGGCAAACCUGAAGAGUGCUGUGACAGCUUCCUUCCUCAUGCUGCCAGAGAGCUUCACUGAGGAAGACCUCUUCCUGCAGAUCGCUGGUCUUUCUUAUGCCGGGGAUUUUCGAAUGGUGAUCGGAGAAGACAAAUCCAAGGUGGCCAAUAUUGUCAAAGACAACGUUCAGCACUUCCGAAUUCUGUACAGCAACAUCCUGCGGGACUGUCCUCAAGUGGUCUACAAACCUCAACAAGGGAAACUGGAGGUUGACAAAAGCCCAGAGGGACAGUUUAUCCAGCUGAUGGCGUUGCCUCGAACCCUCCAGCAAAGAAUCACAAAGCUGGUCGAUCCCCCGGGGAAAAACCGAGACGUGGAGGAGAUCCUGCUGCAGGUUGCUCAGGACCCAGACUGCGGAGCUGUCGUACAGCAAGGUAUUUCAUCUAUUGUGAAAUCCUCCAGUAUAACGCAGAGUAUCAAAGGCAUUGCUACAGCAGGCUUGUGGAAGACGGUGUCAUACAGCUCCAAGAAACUGAUAAAAAUGUGGAAGGGUUGGAGGAGGAAGACAUCUGUGUCACAGAUGUCCUGAUCCUAUACGAGGUCUUUCUUUAUAAACUAUCAGUCAGACAAUCAGCGUCCACGUGUCUGGAAGAAUGGCACACUCACCUCUCUCUGGUUAUAUCACUGCAGCACCACAAAGGAUGGGAUCACUGAGCAGGUGUAGGUGUGUCUUUUGAAUAGCGUAGAACCAUCUGUACA